GGCUGUCGAGGAUGGGGGUCUGUGGGUACCUGCUCCUGCCCUGGAAGUGCCUCGUGGUCGUGUCUCUCAGGCUGCUGUUCCUUGUACCCACAGGAGUGCCCGUGCGCAGCGGAGAUGCCACCUUCCCCAAAGCCAUGGACAACGUGACGGUCCGGCAGGGGGAGAGCGCCACCCUCAGAUGCACGAUUGACAACCGGGUCACCCGGGUGGCCUGGCUAAACCGCAGCACCAUCCUCUACGCAGGGAACGACAAGUGGUGCCUGGACCCGCGUGUGGUUCUCCUGAGCAACACCCAAACCCAGUACAGCAUCGAGAUCCAGAACGUGGACGUGUAUGACGAGGGCCCCUACACCUGCUCCGUGCAGACCGACAACCACCCCAAGACCUCGCGGGUCCACCUCAUUGUGCAAGUAUCUCCCAAAAUUGUAGAGAUUUCUUCAGAUAUCUCCAUCAACGAAGGGAGCAAUAUCAGCCUCACCUGCAUAGCCACGGGUAGACCAGAGCCUACGGUCACCUGGAGACACAUCUCCCCCAAAGCUGUGGGCUUUGUGAGUGAAGACGAAUACUUGGAAAUCCAGGGCAUCACUAGAGAGCAGUCCGGGGACUACGAGUGCAGCGCCUCCAACGACGUGGCCGCGCCGGUGGUGCGGAGAGUGAAGGUCACCGUCAACUAUCCGCCGUACAUUUCAGAAGCUAAGGGCACGGGCGUCCCCGUGGGACAGAAGGGGACCCUGCAGUGUGAAGCCUCGGCAGUUCCCUCGGCAGAGUUCCAGUGGUUCAAGGAUGACAAAAGGCUGGUUGAAGGAAAGAAGGGGGUCAAAGUGGAAAACAGACCUUUCCUCUCAAAGCUCAUCUUCUUCAAUGUCUCAGAGCAUGACUAUGGGAACUAUACUUGCGUGGCCUCCAACAAGCUGGGCCACACCAAUGCCAGCAUCACACUCUUCGAACUAAAUGAGCCUACAAGCUCAACUUUGUUGCAAGAAGUGAAAUCUACAGCCCUGACCCCUUGGAAAGGCCCGGGCGCGGUCAGCGACGUGAACAACGGGACGCCGAGGAGGGCGGGCUGCACCUGGCUGCUACCCCUCCUGGUCUUCCUCCUCCUCAAGUUUUGAUGUGAGUGCCGCUCCCCACCGGGGACUCUGCCGCCACUGCAAGCGCCACACGCCAGCGCCGGCAACUCCGACGGCAACCAGAGCAAACCCCUUUCCAACUACGACGUAAUCCAGUGAAAUUCAGAGAAACAGAGCCCAUUGGGACACAAAUUCGAGGGAGGGGAACAAAGAAUACUUCGGGAAAACACGUUUAAAAAGGAAAUCGAAAACCGCCUUGCAGGCCUCGCAGAUCCGUAGGUACAGCUGAGUUUUCUUUCUUUUCCCAAGUGGGAGGAGCGCACACCAGCCUUGGACCCACCCGCAAGCUGCAAUGCGAGGCCUCUCGGUUUCCAGGGUGGGCGAGGGCUCCGCCACUCUGCCCACUCAAGUGCCCCUGCCAAGGAAAACCCUGGAGUCGGCCAUCCCAAAUUCAAUCAGUCACUAGAGACGAACACAGAGUGAGACGUGCGCCCAGAGGUGCCCCCGGGGCCCUCCCGUAGACUGUGCCACUGUUGUGUGUGUGAUGAAACGCCAAUUUAAAAAUAAAUAAAUAAAAAGGAAACUAAACGAGACAGCCUGACAGCUACACAACCCCACAGUCAGCAGUCACCACAGAUCUUGUUAACUUUCUUUUUUUU